AUGGUGAAAUAUUUGGCAGAAAAUUUGCUGCUUGACGCAAAUCUGAAUAUUAAAAUAGCCGACUUUGGAUUCAGCAAUUUUUACAGUAAUACUGGUACACUGGAUACGUUUUGCGGGUCUCCGCCUUAUGCAGCUCCUGAAGUUUUUGAGGGCAAACGGUAUACUGGUCCUGAAAUUGAUGUUUGGAGUCUUGGCGUGGUUUUAUAUGUUUUAACCUGCGGCGUCUUACCGUUUGAAGGAUCGAGCUUGCAGGCAUUACGUGACCGUGUGCUCAGUGGUCGUUUUCGAAUUCCUUAUUUCAUGAGCACUGGUUAG